GUCAUUUUUCGGCGCCAUUUUGUUACUACAGUGAAGCUGGCUCCAGUGUGGUGUGUCGCGCUAAAUGUUAUACUGAUUAUUUUAAUAAUUAAGGAUAGAUAUAAGAAGUGAACAAAAUAUGGUGCCGCAAACGAAAGUGUUCAUCGGGAGCCUGCCCCAGGGCUCGAAGCCGGAGGAGCUCCGCAAACUGUUCGAACGCUUCGGCGUCGUGACAGAAUGCGACAUAAUGAACCGGUGCGGCUUCGUGCACAUGCAGACCGAGGAUCAGGCGGCGGCCGCCAUCCGGGGCUUAAAUAACGCGACCUUCAACGGCGGCGUCAUCACGGUCGAGCGCGGCCGGAUCAAGGAGCGGGGCCAGCGCGGCGGGCCCGGCGGCGGCGGCCGCGGGGGCAUGGGCGGGCGCGGCGGCGGCAUGGGCGGCCGCAGCGGCGGCAUGGAGCGGCGCGGCGGCGGGCCCAUGCGCGGCGGCCCGCCCGGCGCCCGGGAUGCGCCCUACAUGCGCGACCGCGGCAUGGGGCCCAUGGGCGGCCGGGACAUGCGCGGCCCGGCCAUGGGCGGCGGCGGCGGCAUGGGCAUGAGGAACGGCAUGGGCGGCGGCGGCUACGAGCGCGGCGCCGACCGCGGCUUCGGCGGCGGCGGCGGGGGCUACGGGGACGACCGCUACGGCGGGUACGGCGGCGAGGACCGCCGCGGCUUCGCGCUCGCCCGCGACGGCUACGGCGCCGCCCCCAUGUACGACGACCGGCGCGGGGGCUACGCCGCCGAGGACAUGAGCGGGAUGUACGCGGAGGAACGCCGCGCGCCGAUGUACCCCGACGAGCGAGACAUGAUGGACCGACGAGCGCCCAUGCGAGGCGCCAUGCCCAUGUCUGGCGGUUAUGACCGAGGAGCGCCUCCCCGAGCGGCACCCAUGGGCAACGGAGACAUGUUCAGCCGAAGAUCCCCCAUGCGCGCUGGCGCGGGAGCCGGCUAUGACCGGGACCCAUACACUCAACAGUACCCCCCUAUGGGCCGCGGCGGCGGCGGCGCGGCGCGCGGCGCUCGCGACGGCGGGCUCGGCAGGCGGUACUAGGACACGGAGCCUGCACUAGACUAAGCCGUAGCCCGAGACGCGACACGAACAAAUAUACCGUAGUCUUCCGGCCCCGACUCCGAUCCCGGGCUCGCGUACCUAACGAUUAGGAGAUUAUACCGCGCUAGCGGCCCCUAGACAGUAAGUUGAAGACGGUGACCGCUAUGUGAAUCGCUUUGUAAUUUCAAUAAACGAAAAUCAUUUUAACGAGACGGUUUUCAUUUCCCGGUCGAGCUCCGGCGUCCGGCGACAUCUUGACUUGAUUUGUAUAAUUACCGAUUAUAAAGUGAGACUUAAAUGAGAAUAUUGGUAGCGCUGUUGUUUUAAGUUGUAUAUUUUCGUAUGAAUUAAAUUUCGUAGAAUAUCA